CAAAUUCCCAAACAUAACCUGUCACACAGUGAUUACAAUUCGCUUGUAAAAGUGAGAGUUAUUUUGUGAAAAUGGAAACAACAAUUACACUAAAUACCGACAUUUGUCGCAUCUGCGAAGAGUCAAAGAAUUAUCUUAUCAAUCUGUAUGAGGAAAGCAACGCACACUUGUUUGAGAAACUGAAAGAAAUUGAGAAUGUCGCGGAGACAGAUGAAAAUGUUGCUUAUGAUAACAUGUUCAGGUACAUCUGCACAAGCUGUGAGAAUACAAUUGAGGGUUUCUAUGAGUUCAAGAUUCAGUGCCAAAACACACGAAGCAAGCUGAUGAACGCCGCCACUUGUGGAGUCUUUGGGCAGCCGCAGCCGACGUUCAUCAUUCUGGAUGAGGCAUCGCAGCCGGCCGAGAAGGAUGUGGUUGUGGACGAGACGGCGUCAGAGAGUUCAGUUGAGCUGAUAGAAGACAACGAUGCCAUUGAGAUUGACGGAGAAGAAGUGUCUCCGGAAGCGACAAAUCCGUCAAACUUCCCGCUGAAAAUUGUCUCCGUGGUGAGUCAGGAGUUCACGAUAACCGAAGUGCCCAAUCCCAAGUCCGUGCUCUGCACGAUUUGCAACAAAAAGGUGGCCGCGAAGACUUUUGACAUGCACAAAGCGCGACACGAGCAGAAGAAGAUCUUCGAGUGCAGCGAAUGCUGCAAGACAUUCACCAGCAAGAGAUUCUGGAUUGCACACCUGAAGGAUCACAUCAGUGUGCGGGAGAAUCAGUGUGAUCAGUUCGACAAGGCCUUCAUGGUGGCGGGACAGGCGCAGAAUCACAAGAUCACGCAUUCCGAGGAGAAAGGCUACGUGUGUCCGAUCUGCGAGAAGGGCUACAACAGAUACCACAAUCUCAAGGGUCACGUGCAGAAAGUGCACGGCAAGACGAUAUCAAUGGUCGGCAAUGCCCAGUAAAAAGGACUCGGGUGAAUAUUCUGCUUGGGACAUCAAUUUCAAUCACGCAAUCGAAUCAAGUAUAAAUGCAUUGAAAACCUGACCUACUCAGUUCUUAAAUGACGUAUUUUGAUAUCCAGUUUACUUCGAUUCUAAGAAAGGCAUGCUAAGAAAAUCUAAAUUAUCCAAAAAAAAAAGAUGGGGAAAAGUGCUUCAAUUCUGUGAAUAAUAUCAACAUCAUCCUGAAGAAUUUAUUCGUUAUAGAAUAAAAAGAAAACUCAAGAUAAUGUGAAAUGUUGAGUGAAUUUGAGCGAUAUUGUUUUAUUCUUCAUUUCUAAUUUGAUGACACAAUCAAGGAAAUGCAAGAAACCCUGAAUUAGACACGUAAGAUAAUCUUAUAUGGUGUAAAU